CAGCCACGAGAGAUACCAGGAGAUCCAGAAAGGAACACAUUUAACGCACAGAGCUGUGGAACCUCACAGAACCCUGCAGAACUAGAAGGAGGCCGUGGAACCACCUGCAGAAUCUGGAGGAAUUUAGCAGGAUCUGGCACACUGGAGCUAAAGAAGAAGGAACCAGGCUUUCCAUUAACCUGCAGGAACAUCUGGGGCAAUCUGAGAAGAACAUACACCUGACUGGACUCAGAGAUGAUUCUGAUCUGACAGGACGUCCUGGUUGUUUUGCUGUUUCUCUGUGAAAAGGUUUUUCCAUCCCCUUUCCCCCUUCCCCAGCUCCAUCAUGCCUAUCCUUAAGAACCUCCCUGUGCGCCUGAAAGGCGGUGGACCAACUCUAGACAACGCCCUGUUCAUCCGCAGGAUGAGUCUCAACAUCACACCCCACCACAACCCCUUCGAACAUGAGGAUGACAAUAUCCAUGGGAACGGCGGCCAUGGAAAUAACUGGUCACCUGGAAGCUCGCUGUUGGACGGCGAUGUGCCGAGAGACCGCAACCCAUUUGAGGACGAGGAGGACGAGAACGAGGCCAAUGAGGGUAGAAAAGGAAAUAGCAGAGGAGGGUCGGUGAAGGGGUCUUUUAAGUUUAAAUCGCCACUGAAGGGACUUGACAAGCUUAGGAAGAACUUGAGAAUGUCAGGUGGGAAGAGCAAGGGGGGUGACACGCCCUCCCCACAGGAGUCACUUCAAGGAACGCCUUCGCCCUCACUGAAGAAGAAGAGAGGCAGGAGAAGCUCUGAGGGCAGUCUGCUCAGAUUUGCAGGAAAAUAUCGUGACUCCCGCAAGGAGUCCCUCACCAACGGUGAGCUCAGCUGCGCAGAAAGUGACUGCGACACUGUCAGCCGGCGCCUGACCUUCAUGAAGAUGGUGGGCCUCGGAAAGGGGAAAAAAGAAUCCAUAACCGACCGCAUGUCACAGGGCACAGAGGACCAGCAGGUCCAGGAGGAGGUUGUGGAAGAGGUCAAACCCAGAGAGCCUCUGUCAGUCCUGGAGAUCCUGCAGCUGGUGAAGAAGCGCGAUCUUCUCCUGGCCGACACCCACAUCCUGGAGCUGGAGCAGGAGUGCAACGAGUCAGCAGCCACCGAGCCAGAGGAUGCCACCAGCCCCGGCGUCAAAGAUGGCAGUCGGAGGAAGGCCAAGGACGUAGAGCUUCUGUAUGAGGAGCUGCAGAAGGAGCUGUGGGCCGUGGUCAGAGAGUCCCUGCGGUCUCAGACGGCGGGGCCCAAUCUGGGCCUGGUGGUUCAGGUCCUGCAGCAGGAGGAGAAAGUUGAUAAAAACUGGGAUGGCCGUCAAGGGGUGGCCCCUGGGGGCCCGAGACCGCGCCAACUGAAGCAGCGGUGGAGAGAGGCAGUGGAGGAAGCAGCAGACAGCUCACUGCCUCAGAAAGCUGAGUUCAAGGCUGGAGAGUUGGAAAAGUACCUGGACCGGCUCCGGGCUCAGGUUGUGGAGGACCUGGGGGCCGCCAAGAGGAACGUUGUGGCCAUUUAUCCCGACGAGUUCCAGGCCUUCCAGGUGUAUGCGGAAAGCUACCACCAGGCGGUCGCCAGUCGCCUGAAGGCCAUCACUGACAACCAGCUGGAGAUCACAGACAUCUACUCUCUGCUGGACUGGUUGCACAACAUCUACAGCAGAGACGUUCUUGGGACGGUGUGCAUCACAAGUCCUUUCAACCGCUCUGAGCUCAGCCCUCUGCUGCCUUCAGAGACCGUGGACAGACUGGAGCUGGACUGCCUCAACUCUGUCCGGGCGAAGGUGACCACUGAGCUGGCUCAGGUGCUGGAGGAGGAGGAGAAAAGGUGGAUGGAGACGCUGCAUGUCGAAGAAUACCAGAUCACAUUGGCAAAAACCGUCAUCCAGAGGUUGCAGGUUGACCUGGAUCGAUCGGCCUCCAUUAACAGAAGUCUGGGCUCCAGGGUGGCUCAGUGCAGCCUGAACGGACUGGCUGACUUCCUGUACAGCUUCCAGCGUAAAGUGGAAAUGUUCCAUGAGGGGAUGCAGAGCGGCAUGUUUGGAGACAAUGACGACGGAUACGUUUCCAGAACCAUCUCCUUGGUCAACUGCUGCCCUCCUUUCAGAGGCUUCGUGCAGCGAUGUGCACAGUGUGACCCGUCUGUCAGCGAGGAGUCUCUGCGGCGAGCCAACAAGUCUCUGGAUAACAUCGUUCAGCAGGGGGUCAGAGUUCUGUCAGAGCGGCUCUACCUGCACAUCAGGCUGUUCUUUGAGCGCCUGGUGAAGAGGAAAUGGCUGACCAACACGGAGCCUUAUGAGCAGAUCGAGGCGCUCAUCAAGGAAGACUUCAAGAAGUACCGCAGGAUGGACGAUCCUCCCUAUCAGCUGCUGGUGGCUGAAGUCCACCGCCGGGUGGUGAUGGAGUAUCUCCGCUCCAUCAUGAGGGGCAGGAUCAUCUGCACCUCCAUGAAGAUGAGGAAGAGGAUGGCUGGCCGACUCCGCGACGAAGGAAAACAGAUAAAGGUCCUCUUCAAAGACCUGGAGUCUCCAGCCAGCUGGUUGGACAGCGCUCUGUCUCACAUCUCAGAAAUCAUCCAGCUGGAGGACGUCCCGUCCAUGCAGAUGGAGGUGGGCAUUCUGGUCCGAGAGUUUCCAGAUGUCAGGAAGAAGCAUGUGUCGGCCAUCCUGAACAUCCGCGGGAUGACGCGGCAGGCAGAACGUCAGGAGAUCCUCAACAUCGUCAAAGACAUCGAGAGCAGCGACGGCGGCCCGAGCUCGUUGCCCCGGGACCGAGCCCUGUUCGCUGAGGUUCCGGUCACCUCCGAGGUCCACUGUCUGAACGUGGGUCUGAGCCGGAUCGCCCUCACCGCCUCGUCUUGCGUCAGCGUUCUGAGGCCGCGACGACGCAAAACCAGAACGUCCGUUCAGGAGAACCCGGAGGACGUUCUGUAACUGUCUGUCGGCUCAGAUGGUCUGAACAGGACGUUUGUCUGGAAUCAAAGCUGCUUACCCUGAUUGGACCGUGGUCCUGUUCUGGUUCUGGCUGACUUGGAGACAGGUUGUGUUAUUUUAAGAAUCCAGAUUUUCCUUCCCAGGCCUCCCAUCAAGAGGGAUUCACCUUCGAUUGUUCUGAAUGUUCGUUCCUCCUUUUUUCCCAAACUCUUCGAGGUUCUACUGACCUGACAAGAAAAGCUGACUUAAUGGCUCUUGUGACCCAAGGUUCUUUUAGACAAUUAAAUGGUGGAACAAGGGUCCAGUACUUACCCACUGAUUGGGAGACGAGCCUUUGAAGUCCUACUGAGGAUCAUGAUGGUGAAGAAUGGAUCAAGAGCAUGUGGGCAAAUCAUGUGACAAUUCCAGGACUUCAGAGUCCAAAGCUUGCUUGGUUCAGUUCUGGAGAUAAAUUUGAUGAUCAACUUUCUAUAUGGUAUUUAAACUGGAAACCAGUCACGAGUUCUGGUUCAGACUGUAAACCAGGAUAAGGAUCCUCCUGAUCUGGGCUGAAAUCCGCUCCGUUCUACUGCAGAAACUCUGGACGCUGAAAUGAAAAAAAAGAGCACUUUAUCUGGAAAGGAGAAAGGAGAACAGUUCUCUGUGGAAUCCUCGUUGGACCAGAACUAAUUUGAAUGGUGUGGUCCACAUCAGGAUGUCUGGUUAAUGUGGAACGAGAACCUUUAAUCUGGGAUUCUGGUGGAUCCAGUGAAACUUUGUUUUCUAUCAAAGUUGAAAAGAGAAACACUCAGAGUCCUUAGUUAGUCAGGAAGAAUCUCUGCUGCUGGUCGUCUGGCGCCUGGGGAAAUAUUCCCAUAGUUCCCACCAGUGCAG